AUGGUUGUGCAAGGAGGAACCGGUUUGACUUUAGUUAGCCUCGGGCAUACAUUGAUACUUGAACUUUCCGCGGAUCUGAAGUCCCGGACAUGGCACGAGGUGGUGUUUAAUGCCUUACCACCACCUCGGUCGGGACAUACUCUGCCCUAUGUAAGCGAAAACCAAGUGGUUCUGUUUGGAGGAAGAGGAUUGGGUCUUGUUGUAAACGUCUGA